CUGAUGAGAACAAUGUUGAGCAUCCACCCCCUGGAGAACCUGAAGCUGUACAUCAGCAGCCGGCCCCCGCUGGUGGUCUUCAUGAUCAGUGUCAGCGCCAUGGCCAUCGCUUUCCUGACCCUGGGCUACUUCUUCAAAAUCAAGGAAAUCAAGUCACCGGGGAUGACAGAGGACUGGAACACCUUUCUGCUACGCUUCAAUGACUUGGACUUGUGUGUAUCGGAGAACGAGACACUGAAGCACCUCACCAACGAAAGCACCACUCUGGAGGGCACAGUGAGCAGCGGGCAGACCCGGGCCGCCACCCAGCCCCCUCAGGCCCUGGAGGACUCGGGCCCACUCAACAUCUCAGUGGCCAUCACGCUGACCCUGGACCCUCUCCGACCUUUUGGAGGGUACUCCCGCAACGUCACCCACCUGUACUCGACCAUCUCUGGGCAUCAGAUCGGACUCUCAGGUAGAGAGGCUCACGAGGAGAUCAACAUCACCUUCACGCUGCCCACGGCCUGGAAUGCUGAUGACUGCGCUCUCCACGGGCACUGCGAGCAGGUGGUGUUCACGGCCUGCAUGACCCUCACUGCUGCUCUCGGCGUGUUCCCUGUCACUGUACAGCCACCGCACUGUGUCCCUGACACGUACAGCAACGCCACACUCUGGUACAAGAUCUUCACCACCGCCAGAGAUGCCAAUACAAAAUACGCUCAAGACUACAACCCGUUCUGGUGUUAUAAGGGGGCCAUUGGAAAAGUCUACCAUGCUUUGAACCCCAAGCUCACGGUCAUCGUUCCAGAUGACGAUCGCUCCCUCAUAAACCUGCACCUCAUGCACACCAGCUACUUCCUCUUCGUGAUGGUCAUAACCAUGUUUUGCUACGCCGUUAUCAAAGGCAGACCAAGCAAAUUACGUCAGAGCAAUCCGGAAUUUUGUCCUGAGAAGGUGGCUUUGGCUGAAGCCUAA